AUGGUGAGGCUUCGCUCGGCCUGGGUUGCACAGCAAUCGUCCAGAGAACUUAACACAUACUUGCGGCAACGCGCAUGGCAUUUUGCCUCAUGUGGGAACCAUGCUAUUGCGGCAGAUUACGUCAUCCGGUUACUCAAUCGUCACCCGCGCGAUGCGACAAUGUUGUUGCUCGGUGAAGUUACAGCCCGCCGCACACGCCAGAAGCAACUUGAGGCAAAGUGCCGUCAGUCUCAUGAAAGGCUAUGCACUUGCAUGAACGUCAACAACGCCCUUUCCCUAGUAGAGGAUGAGCGGAAGCGGGAGACGCUCAAAGAAUGGUUGCAGGAGCCACCACCUGCUGACGAUGUGGAACUGGAGGAGCACAUUAUCGUCAGUGAACAGGAGCCUUUGCCAGAAACACAGACUGCGGUAGAAGUCAUGGCGCAGCGAGUGAGUGCAAAGCCGCUCGUGGGUUUGCAGUUUCCAAAGCAAAGCAUCUACGGUCGUGGUAUAUAUGCUCUUACUCGAGUGCCUUCAGGUACUGCUGUGUUGGCCGACCAACCUUUUGUUGUGCAGCGAAUGAACAGCACGACAUGCGCGCACUGUCUAUCGUCUAUCACCAGUGCCAGUAGCACGUCGUCAGCAGCGGGUGUUGUGUGUCCACACUGCGGUCAGGAAAGUUAUUGUAGCAUUUCUUGCCGCGAUGCUGCAUGGCGUGAAUACCACAGCUGUUGCUGCCAUGCCACGAACAAAAUGUACGCGAGUUGGGAAUCAAGCAUGCAAGAGCUUUUCUCAACUGAUGUGCCAGAGGAGUCGCGAGCUGCCUUGUGUUGCUUGGCAGUGGCGAAGAUUUGUGCUAUGGCGACGGUGCAACAGCAACAUCCGCUCUCUCUACCACGUCUUCGGUCCCUACGCGGCCGUGCAACCUACGAUGCAGCAACAGCAUUGAGCGAGGUCGGUGCGCUCGCUGUGACACUUGCCCAGUCACUACACCAACAGCACCUUUACAUGGAGGAAAUACUCUCACUUUUUGCGCUUGUGCAGACCAAUGAGUUCCUUCUUUCCGGUGGCAUGGCUCUCUACCACGGUUACUCAUUUCUUAACCAUAGUUGCGAACCAAACUGUGGAUUCGUUGGUACUAAUGCAAUGAACCGCCGGUUGGUGGUAUUGCGGGAUAUACGGGAGGGAGAGCAGUUGUUGAUUAACUACAACGCAGACUUAACAACAUGUGUCUCUUACGAGGACAGGCGGGCACUUUGCAAACAACGUUACUUUGAGUGCUUCUGCCCAAAAUGUAUUCGAAGGGAGUAA